AUGGAACAUCCCAGCUUAUCAUUCUUACCCUUCCUUUUAUUUUCAACAAGUUUCAUUCUUUUCCUCACACAAAUUCUAAAAUUGGUAAAAAGAAUAUUAAGAGUCACAACCAAAGUACAAAAAAAUGUUCUUCCACCUGGACCAUGGACCCUUCCUAUCAUAGGAAGCAUACACCACCUUAUUGGCUCUCUACCUCAUCAUAGUUUAAGAACAUUAUCCAAAAUCUAUGGCCCUAUCAUGCACCUAAAACUAGGUGAAGUAUCAACCAUAGUAAUUUCUUCACCUGAACUUGCCAAAGAGAUUUUAAAAACCUAUGAUACCAUUUUUGCUCAAAGGCCACACCAAAUUGGUGCAGACAUCAUGUGUUAUGGUUCGACCGACAUCGCCACGGCACCUUAUGGUACCUAUUGGAAACAAUUAAGAAGAUUAUGUUCACAAGAGCUUCUUUGUACAAAACGUGUGAGAUCAUUCCAAUCAAUUAGAGAAGAAGAGGUAUCAAAUUUAAUAAAAUGUAUUUCUAAUAACAUUGGAUCAUGUAUUAACCUUAGUGAAAAAGUUGCUUGCAUGACAAGUUCAAUUACUUCAAGGGCAGCUUUUGGUAAAAUAUGCAAAGAUCAACAAGAGUUUAUUUUGUUGAUUAAGAAACUUGUAAAAAUUGCUGAAGGUUUCAUUAUUAUUGAUUUGUUUCCUUCUCAAAAGUGGUUACAUGUGAUUAGUGGAAUGAAGCCUAAAUUGGAGGAGUUGCAUAGAAAAUUUGAUAAUAUUAUUGAAAAUAUCAUAAAGGAGGCUGUGAUGACAAAGAAAGUUGAAGGAGAAACAAUAGAGGGUUUUCUCUCUGUCCUUCUUAGGAUUAAAGAUCAUGAUGAGGCCCUUGAGUGUCCUUUGACAAUCGACAAUAUCAAAGCUGUAAUUUUGGACAUGUUUGUUGCUGGAAGUGAUACAUCAUUAGCGAUUAUAGAAUGGGCUAUUUCAGAAAUGCUGAAAAACCCAACAACAAUGAUCAAAGCCCAACAAGAAGUAAGAGAACAUUUUGGCAGCAAAGGAUACAUUGAUGAAACAUCUCUUCAAGGACUGAAAUAUUUGAAAGCAGUCAUCAAAGAAACACUAAGAUUGCACCCUCCUUUCCCUCUUCUUCUCCCUAGAGAAUGCAGAGAAACUUGUGAGAUUAAAGGCUACACAAUACAUGCCGGAAACAAAGUGAUAGUAAAUGCAUGGGCGAUUGGAAGAGAUCCAAAGUAUUGGAGUGAACCGGAAAAGUUUAUUCCGGAGAGAUUUUUGGAGAGUUCAAUUGAUUAUAAAGGUUCUAAUAUUGAAUACAUACCGUUCGGUGCUGGUAGGAGAAUUUGUCCCGGUAUUUUGUUUGGUGUGUCUAGUAUUGAACUAUCUCUUGCACAACUUCUUUACCAUUUUAACUGGGAACUUCCUAGUGGAUUAACCAUGGAGAAUCUAGAAAUGUCUGAAGCAAUGAGUUCAUCAUCAAGAAGAAAAAUUGAUUUGAUACUAGUUCCCGUUUCUUGUUACGAUCAUGUACCUGCUUUGUAAGGGAUUUGGAUGGACCGUAGUCACUGUUUUGAUGAACACUAUUAAUGUGAACCAUUGGAUAUGUUGGAUUCAUAAUCAUGGUUGUUGAUUUACUUGGUUUACAAAGAUAGGAAAAAAAAGUGCAUGUGAAGAGUUAAC